AUGAGCGGCGAACGAGUUCCGAUAGAGCCACAGCGUGUAGAUGCCCCGCUCACCCACUCAGCUACCUUUUUGGUCGUAUCCGUGACCGACAAGCCCGGGGCCAUCGACACCGCUCGUUCUACACUAUCAAGCCUCAACAGCCUAGCUAAGAAUGUAUCCAUCCGCGACUUGAGUGCUCAGUUUUCCUGCACGGUCGGUAUAGGAAGUGCAAUCUGGGAUCGUCUCACGAAUCUCCCUCGGCCAUCUGAGCUGCGUCCCUUUCCCGAAAUCAGAGGUGACAAACACACCGCGAUAUCAACGCCUGGAGAUUUACUCUUUCACAUACGAUCUGAAAGGCGAGAUAUCUGCUUCGAGUUUGAGCGUCAGUUGAUGGAUCAGCUCGGGGAUGCUGUUUCCGUUGUUGAUGAAACAGUCGGAUUUCGAUAUUUCGACGUUCGUGAUCUUCUCGGAUUCGUGGAUGGCACAGCCAACCCAGUUGGUCCCGCAGUCCCCGAAUCUGUGCUCAUCGCAGGGGAAGACGCCUCUGCAUCCGGUGGUAGUUAUAUAGUCGUACAAAAGUAUACGCAUGAUCUACCAGGAUGGAAAAACCUGUCGACAGAACAACAGGAGAAGAUCAUCGGGCGCACAAAGAUAGACAACAUCGAGUUGGAUGAUGCGGAGUCUGGCCAGCGCUCGCAUAAAACGCUCAACACGAUUGAAGACGAAGACGGCAAUGAACAUGACAUUCUGCGUGACAAUAUGCCGUUUGGAUCCCCUGGGUCUGGUGAAUUUGGCACCUACUUCAUCGGCUAUACUCGUCGACUUUGGGUCAUUGAAAAAAUGCUGGAGCGGAUGUUUGUUGGGGAUCCUCCUGGAUUGCACGAUCGCAUACUUGACUUCUCGAAGCCCCUCACUGGCACAACAUUCUUUGCGCCACCUGCUAGCUUGCUAGCCCGAUUGUGA